GUGAUAUGUGAAAGCGAUAAGAAUGUAUAUGAUUGAUGCUUUGAUUUUUUUGAUACAAAACGAUAUUUAAUGGGCAAAAUCGGUGUGCAUUUACAUACAAACGCUGAUUCCACAACCAAUCGCUAAUCCUUGAGCAGAAUCUUCUUCUUCUUCUUCGUGUAGUUACUGGAGCUUUAGUGUGUUUAAUCUAUGUCGACGACUAAAUUAAGCAGAACACAUAGUAUGCGUGAGCGUGUCGAAAACACUCUCUCCGCUCAUCGCAACGAAAUUGUUUCUCUCCUUUCCAGGUAUGUGGCUCAGGGGAAGGCCAUAUUGCAGCCCCAUCAAAUACUCGAUGAACUUGAAAAUGUCGUCGGCGACGAUGCUUCACGCAAGAAGCUUAUUGAGGGUCCUUUCGGAGAAGUCCUAAAAACCGCGCAGGAAGGCAUAGUAUUUCCUCCAUUUGUAGCUUUAGCAGUUCGUCCAAGACCUGGUGUUUGGGAGUAUGUGCGUGUGGAUGCAUAUCAACUGAGUGUCGAGCAGCUGACUGUUUCAGAAUAUCUUGUGUUCAAGGAAGAACUUGUUGGGCAGUAUAAUAACUCUUAUGUGCUUGAGCUAGAUUUUGAGCCUUUCAAUUCUACAUUUCCCCGACCAACUCGCUCUUCUUCAAUCGGGAAUGGAGUCCAGUUCCUCAACAGACACCUCUCUUCAAGCAUGUUCCGUAGCAAAGAUUGUCUGGAACCACUCUUGGAUUUCCUCCGCACACACAGACACGAUGGACAUGUGAUGAUGUUGAAUGACAGGAUACACUCCAUGACUAGACUUCAAUCUUCUAUGGUCAAAGCAGAGGAUUAUCUUUCUAAGCUUCCACCUGAUACACCCUACUCCGAGUUUCAAUACGAAUUGCAAGGAUUGGGUUUCGAAAGAGGAUGGGGAAAUAACGCUGAAAGAAUCCUUGAGAUGAUGCAUCUUCUAUCCGACAUUCUUCAAGCUCCGGAUCCUUCCAUUCUUGAAACUUUUCUUGGUAGAAUACCAAUGGUGUUUAAUGUCGUCAUAUUAUCAAUUCAUGGUUACUUUGGUCAAGCAAAUGUUUUGGGCUUACCAGAUACUGGUGGUCAGAUUGUAUAUAUACUGGACCAAGUUCGUGCCUUGGAGAACGAGAUGCUUCUUAAAUUAAAGCAUCAAGGACUCGAUAUCAAACCCAAGAUUCUGAUUGUGACUCGGUUGAUACCUGAUGCAAAAGGUACUUCAUGUAACCAGCCAUUGGAAAGAGUUAGUGGAACUGAACACACCCAUAUAUUGCGUGUUCCUUUCAGAACAGAGAAAGGGAUUCUUAAAAAAUGGAUCUCACGGUUUGAUGUAUGGCCUUAUCUGGAGAAGUUUGCAGAGGAUGCAGCAAGUGAGAUUUCUGCUGAGUUACAUGGUACUCCUGAUCUUAUAAUUGGAAAUUACAGCGAUGGGAAUCUUGUUGCCUCCUUGUUAUCCUACAAAAUGGGAGUAACUCAGUGCAACAUUGCGCAUGCUUUGGAGAAAACAAAGUACCCAGAUUCAGACUUGUAUUGGAAGAAAUUCGAUGAGAAAUAUCACUUUUCUUGUCAAUUUACUGCUGACCUUCUAGCCAUGAACAAUGCAGAUUUUAUCAUCACCAGUACAUACCAAGAAAUUGCUGGAACGAAGAAUACAGUUGGACAAUACGAGAGUCAUUCAUCUUUCACUCUCCCAGGGCUCUACAGGGUUGUUCAUGGAAUUGAUGUCUUUGAUCCAAAGUUCAAUAUCGUGUCUCCAGGGGCAGAUAUGUCCAUUUAUUUCUCAUAUACCGAAAAGGAAAAAAGACUUACAUCCCUUCAUACUACAAUCGCAAAGUUGUUGUAUGACCCUGAGCAGAAUGAGGUCCACGUUGGAAAUCUAAAGGAUCAAUCGAAACCCAUGAUCUUUUCAAUGGCAAGACUUGAUCAUGUGAAGAACAUCAGUGGUCUGGUGGAGUGGUAUGCUAAAAGUAGUAAAUUGAGGGAAUUGGCUAACCUUGUUGUGGUUGCUGGUUAUAUCAAUGUGAAAAGGUCAAGUGACAGAGAAGAAAUUUCAGAAAUUGAGAAAAUGCAUGAGCUUUUCAAGAAAUAUAAAUUAGAUGGUCAGGUGAGGUGGAUUUCAGCCCAAACAAACCGUGCUCAAAAUGGUGAACUUUACCGCUAUAUUGCUGAUGGAAGGGGCAUUUUCGUCCAGCCUGCUUUUUAUGAAGCUUUUGGGCUUACAGUGGUGGAGUCCAUGACAUGUGGGCUUCCAACAUUUGCCACCUGUCACGGUGGCCCAGCUGAGAUUAUUGAAGAUGGGGUGUCAGGUUUCCAUAUUGAUCCGUAUCAUCCAGAUAGUGCAGCAGUCACUAUGGUUAAUUUUUUUCAAAAAUGCAAGGAGGACCCGACUUAUUGGGUGAAGAUAUCUGAAGGAGGACUUAAAAGAAUACAUGAAAGGUACACGUGGAAGAUUUACUCUGAACGUUUGAUGACAUUAGCUGGAGUUUACAGCUUCUGGAAAUAUGUGUCAAAACUCGACAGGCGUGAAAUUAGACGUUAUCUUGAGAUGUUCUACAUUCUUAAGUUCCGUGAUCUGGUGAAAUCCGUUCCACGGGCUGUCGAUGAUGAGCCAUAAAGAUUCUACUCUCCUCUCCAAUAACUAUAAGCAGAUUGCUGCUAUGUUAGUAUCUCACUCAACUUAAAUAAUGUUCAGUUCAGAUCUAAUUAUAAUUUGCCAAACGAAUAUUCAUGUCCAGGGU